CCUCUUCCUUCGUGUAAUUCCUUGGCUUCGAUGCUCUUCCUCUUCUUCACGUCCGUGUAAUUCCUUACCUGCAAUCUCCUUCUGCUUUAAAACUCAGGCGAGCAGACUUAAUACUCUUAUCUCCUAUUUUCUCCACAACAGCAACCCCAUGAGAAAAAAAGCAGAUAUGUCUGAAAAAGGUGAUUUACUUUCUACUGAACAAACAGAAAAAAGAGAACCACGAACUGAAAACAAAGCUGAAAAUAGUGAGGACGAUGAAGAGGAGGAAGAAGAAGAAGAGGAAAAAGAAAAGAGCCUCAUUGUUGAAGGAAAGCGAGAGAAGAAGAAAGUAGAAAGAUUGACAAUGCAGGUGUCUUCAUUACAGAAGGAACCUUUUACAAUUACACCAGGAAAGGGUCAAAAACUUUGUGAAAUCGAAAGAAUACAAUACUUUUUAAGCAAGAAGAAAACUGAUGAACUUCGAAAUUUGCACAAACUUCUUUACAACAGACCAGGCACAGUUGCUUCAUUGAAAAAGAAUGUAGGACAGUUCAGUGGCUUUCCAUUUGAAAAAGGAAGUGAUCAAUACAAGAAAAAGGAAGAAAUGCUGAAAAAAUACAGAAAUGCAAUGCUAAAAAGCAUAUGUGAAGUUCUUGAUUUGGAAAGAUCAGGAGUUAACAGUGAACUGCUAGCAAGAAUUUUAAAUUUCCUAAUGCAUCCAAAACCUUCAGGCAAGCCAUUGCCAAAAUCCAAGAGAACAUCCAAAAAAGGCGGUAAAAAAGAACGUAGUAGCUCUGGAACAGCACGGAAAGCCAAACGCACCAAAUGUCCUGAAAUCCUGACAGAUGAAUCUAGUAGUGAGGAUGAUGAAAAGAAAAGGAAAGAUGAAUCAUCUGAGGAAGAUAAAGAAAGUGAAGAAGAGGAAAAAACCUUGCGACCUAAAAAAACAACAAAGAAAGAAAAACCCAAACAAAAAGUAGCUUCAAAAAGCAAAAAGGGUUCAAAAAAUGCUAAUGUUAAGAAAGCAGAUAGCAGUACAACCAAGAAGAGUCAAAAUUCUUCCAAAAAAGAAAGUGAAUCUGAGAAUAGUUCAGAUGACGAGCCUUUAAUUAAAAAAUUGAAAAAGCCACCCACAAAUGAAGAAUUGAAAGAAACUGUGAAGAAACUACUUGCUGAUGCAAAUUUGGAGGAAGUUACUAUGAAACAAAUUUGUAAAGAGGUAUAUAAAAACUAUCCCAGUUAUGACUUAUCUGACAGAAAAGAAUUCAUCAAAAAGACAGUGAAAGAGCUCAUUUCAUGAUCUAAUGGGAAGAAAAUGAAGGCUACAGUCUUGUUCUCCUGGAUUUAAAUAUUUUACAAAUACCAGCAAAAUGUAAACUUCAUUAUUUUUGUUCUGAUUUUUGUUUUGCUCUUUUGGUAUUAGUAUUAGUCGGAGAUGACUAUUGGCUUAAUGUUCUGAGUGUUGAUGGGAUUUACCAACUUUUUAAAAAAUGAGUUUAAUAUAAUUCCUAAAUUUUGCAUGAUAAUACAUGUCCCCUACUUUUACUUUGUACAUUAUGAUAUUUCUUUGUAAAAGUAGUCAUAUAGCUAUUGUAAGUCUUAGUGUAAAAUGUAGAGAUUUUUUUAAGAGAACAAUAUGAAAGCUGUUGUAUUAAUGCAUACACAUGCAGAGACUGUUAAAUACUGCAGCAUUGGGCAUUUAUUUUGAAUACACCCCCAUUUUCUAUCAGGAGCUGGUCACAUGCCCUGACUAGGAGUGCUGCUGUUUUACUCUCUUGCAUGUGUAUACAGCUGAAAAUUGUAAAGCAUGAUCAAUCACAAAUAGAUAUUAUUUUUGUACUUUUAAAAGCUUUUGUAUAUAAGCUUCAGAUUUCUUUGCUUAAAACCAAGUUAAGAAAGAAAAAUGUGUUUUAAAUGAUUUAUGACCAGUAUCAGUGUUUAUGAAUCAAGUUGUGAUUAAGUAGGAAGUAAAUAUAAUCACCAUACAAAAGAUAACACAUUUGUUUUUGGAAGAAAUUUAAUUUUCACUCAUUUUUCAGUCUUUAACUGAGUGCAGAGGAUUAUACCUCUAAAGACUUAAUGCAAUAUCCUAUAUUGUUAAUUCAUAAAAAAAUGAUUUUGAUUUCUAAAAUGUUUUUUCCAAGGUGGGUAGUAAUAAAAAUCUCCCUUUUAAUAUUUCAGAGUAGAAUAUUGACCAUUUAUCUGGUGUCAGUUAAACAGUUUAGUAUUCUUGCAAAACUGCAUCCUUAUUUUGAACUCUCAGAAUCUGUAAUUGAGAGUAUGCAUACUUAAAUACAUUAAAUUUAAGUGGCUCCUGCUUAGUAUGAUACUCCUAAAUUAAAAUCUCAAUUUUACAAAUAAUUGUUCAUGAAAUUUUUAUUCCAUUCCGGAAUGAAGUACCUGUUCACAAAAAUCCUUUAACGAGUCAGAUGAUCAUGUGUUAAAAGUUCUAGCAAAUGCCAAAUAAAUGUGUCAUAAAGUGAAAUCAAGUAUAACUAAUUUCUCCAUGACUGUAUUGAUUAAAAUGAUUGCAGGUUUUAAAUAAUAUACUAAUAUGUAGUUAGGGAAUCAUAGAUCUAUAUUCCAAAAUAUUGUUAAUUGAUUGACCUCUAUCAUUUUUACCACUUUCUUUGCAUGCAGUCAUUUUUAUUAAGCUGAGUGUAACAGUUUUUUAUUCAAUAAAUGUCUUUAAGGAAAAUGUACACUGAUAUUUUAAUACAUGUACAGUAAAACUUGAUACAGAA